AUGGUGGCGGGCGCGUUCCCGCUGGCCAAGCUGCUGACGCUGGGCGCGCGCCAGCUGAGCCGCCCCCUGGCGGCCCGCAUCAAGGCCGGGGCGCGAGCCAGCCCCUUCUUCCGCGCCUACAUCUGCCUCCCGCCCGCGCAGCUGUAUCACUGGGUGGAGAUGCGCGCCAAGAUGCGGCUGAUGGGGUUCCGCGGCGCCGCCGUCAAACCGCUGAACGAAGAAGCGGCGGCGGAGCUGGGAGCGGAGCUGCUGGGGGAAGCGAUCGUGUUCGGCGUGGGAGGACUCUGCCUCUACCUGGAGUACGCCCGGCAGGCGGGGCAGGCGCGGCGGCGGGAGGACGAGCAGGCGGCGGCGCUGCGGGAGGUGGGGGAGCGGCUGGAGCGGCUGCGGGAGGAGCUGGACGCCAUCGCGUCGCGCCUGCCGCCUGGACACGCCCCCGCCGGCGCGGGUAACGCCCCCGCCGGCUCUAGCCACGCCCCCGCCGGCUCGGGUAACGCCCCAGCCGGCUCGGGUAACGCCCCCGCGCCCGCCGCCGGCCACGCCCCCCGCGCCGAAGGCGGUGGCUCAGGACACGCCCCUGCUGGACCCAGCCAUUAA